AUGUCUCCUGCUUCCCUGUCCGGGAGUGAUUGGUCUGGAAUAAAUCAAUAUCAGAAGACUGAGCCCGCUCCGGCUCCGUCUCCGGUUCCCUUGUCGGCACCUUCGCAGCAAGGAAACCAGCCCUGUCCGCUCAGGUCCCAUCCACCUGGGCCCCCGAACGGACCCCCAAAUGGGCAGAAUGGGCCUCCAGUAUCCCCCCCAGCCUCCGUCACAGGGCGAUCUAGUAGUGGGACGCUGUCCGAUCAACAACGUGGCAGGCGAAACAGGAUGGUGGAGGACAGCUUAGCAAUGCAUCACGCUGCGUUUCGAAGGUUCCUGCAUGUGGCCCAGCAGGAUCUACGAGCAUCUCCCAAAUCCAAUCGGGCGAAGGACAAGCUGAUUCGGCUUUCCCCGACGCAGUUCCACGAGCUUAGCACAGAUGUGUACGAUGAGCUGCUCCGUCGGCAGCAGGCUGCUCCUCCCCCAGGACGGCCCGGACCUCCCAGGCCUGACAUCCCUCCAUUUCUCCCACCACGAAAGGAGUUCCACGAAAAACGCAACCAAGCCCGUCAAAAGCUCGCCACGCUCCAACAUCAAAGAUUUAGAGAUUUGGCCAUGGAUGUCUUCCGCGAGCUAGAGAGGAGGUUCCCCCAUUUUGUUGGCGCACGAGGCCCACCGCCAAAUGGCAUGCCUCCCCCCGGGUAUGGACCCCCGGGACGAGGCCCGGGCCCUAAUGGAUAUCCUUUCCCUCCACGAUCGCAAUCACGGAAUGGCUUCUCUGACCGCAUGAGUGGCGGUCCCCCGCCUCCUGGGGGGCCCCUGCCUGGAGGGCCCCCAGGUAGUCCCAUGGGGCGCUUCCCACCACGUCAGGGGUCGUUGAGCGUGCUGCCUCCGCAGGGCGUCAAUGGCAGUGGCGGUCCCCUUCCCAAGUCCUUCCAGAGCAAUACGAUGGUUCCCAACAAGAGUACAUUGGUUGAAGAUGACGAUGAAGCAGCUGGACUCGAUAGUGAUGCUGAUGCGCGAAGCGAUGCAUUUGCAUUAGAUUCGGUCUUGCAAAGCAGAAGAGGGACCACGACAACCCUUAGUGAGGGGGAAAGGAAACUACUGCAGGAGACUCAGGCGCAGGUGUCCUCUUUGCAGGAAAAGGUUCAACAACUGGAAGAACUAAUCAAGGAGAAAGACGAGCAGGUCUUGAAACUGCAGGAGGAACGUGACAAGUCCCAGGUUAGCGAAGACGAGAGGAAGCAGUGGGAUGGUCUUAAAGAAGAGCUGCAAAGCAAGAUUUCCAAAGCUGAGGGUUUGAAUAUCUCGCUUCAAGGCGAGUUGGAUAAGGUCCGGAGCGAACAUGAAGACAUGGAACGGCAACUUCAAACCCGAAUCCAAGAAGCGUCAGAACGAAGUUCCGCGGACGUGGAGUUGCAGGCGAAAUUCAAUAACCUCGAGGACAGAUACCAGAAAUUACAGAUUGAGCUACGCCAACAGGAACAGGUCACGGAGGAAGUGAGACGACAGGCGUCGGAUUUCUUGCUCGAAAUGAGAGCCUUGUCAGAAGAGAGUCAAUCCAACUGGGAACGUGAAGAACGGCUAUCUAGUGAGGUGCGUAGACUGGAGACUGAAGUCAAAGAGUGGCAGAAUCGGUAUGCCAAGGCAAAGACUCAAUUACGACACCUUCGAACGUCGACGGUCGGCAUAGCCGACUCACGUCCUGACGUCGGCGCUUUUGCAAAGGAAAAUGAGCUCCUGCAGCACGACGGACUAGUGAAAGAUAUGCACGUUACGAAUUUCCAGAUCUCUAUUGAUGAGCUGCUACACGUCGCCCGAUCCGAAGAUCCUUCCCGCGUUUUACAGCAGAUGAAGGUCACCAUAAUGGCCGUCCGUCGGAUUAUACAGGAUGUUGAAACAUCCGAAAAUCACGAGCAUCCAGUAUCACCUGUGCUCAUCAAGAUCAAGAGUCGGGUCCCGGCCACUGCAAAUAACAUGAUUACUGCUUCCAGGAAUUUCGCCAACGCAAACGGUCUCUCUCCUGUUUCUCUUCUCGAUGCUGCCGCAUCUCACCUAUCCACCGCUGUCAUUGAGCUCAUUCGUCUCGUCAAGAUCCGGCCUACGCCAGGGGACGAGCUGGAGGAAGACGAUGAUAUACCCGAAGUGAAGUCUCCAGGUUAUUUCUAUGUACCUCCAAGCCAGGAGAAGAUCGCCAGCAGCGAAUCUCUCUAUAGUCCUAUCAGCACUCCUGACCUAGAAAGCCAUCUAACGUCUCACUUCCCACUACCCCCAAAGGGUAUACCGAAUGGAUUGGCGGUGGAUGGAAAAUCGAUUAACUCUGCUCAGCCUGAAGAACAUGACCUGCAGGAAUUAAAGAUAUACCUUGACGAUCAGACAGAUGGUCUAGUCCGAUCGAUAGACGCCCUUGUUGCCAGCAUCCGCGCCGAAGACGGCUUAACCGAUGUCAGAAUACACAUAUCUUCUAUAUCUAGCGUUGUGGAUAAUAUCCUCUCGUCUACCGAAUCCGUGAUGCAUCAACCGACGGACGCGAUGCUUCAGGAACGCGUGGGCUCCAUCCUUCAGACACUCGACGACUGUCGAAACCGCCUCAUAGACACUGCUAUUGAAGGUGAAGAUAAUACGGAACAUGCCCAUGAUAUCACUGGCAAACUGCCGCCGAUUGCAUUUGAAAUUGCCCGGCAGACUAAAGAACUCGUUUACCGCUUGGACCAUGGACAAUCUGAUGGUGAAGAGGAUGAAGACUUUCGAUAG